AUGUGGAGCACCAUAAAAAAAAUUCUUUCAACUAACGUGACACAACAAGAGGUCUCUUCCGUGAUGUACAACAACAAAACGUAUACUAAUGACAAAGUUAUUGCAUCUGUUUUUAAUAAGCAUUUUUCUAGGAUUGGUCAUACAUUAAGUAAAGUGUUCGGGCGUGUAAAGAAAGUUGUACUACCGCAACCAUGUACCGAUUCGAGGUUUGAACUUAAACCUAUACCUGUGGAUUCCGUCCAUGAUCAAUUAAGCGGUCUUAAAGCAAAUAAGGCUAUUGGCCUUGAUGAGAUCAGCGCUCGGCUUUUAAAGGACGCCUCGGAAGUUAUAUCACCUGUACUAACUAACUUGAUUAAUAUUUCUAUUGAUCAGUCUUAUUUCCCUAACAACUGGAAGUCCGCAAAAGUCAUGGCUUUAUUUAAAUCCGGUGAUAAAUCUAAUUGUAAUAAUUAUCGACCAAUUUCCAUUCUGCCGACCGUUAGCAAGAUCAUUGAACGUACUGUCCAUUUUCAAUUUUAUGAUUACUCACAAAAGAAUAAGUUACUUUCUAUUAGACAGUUUGGUUUUAGGCGUAAUCGGUCUACAUCUAGUGCCCUAUUACAGUUCACUGAUGAGUUGUUAAUGAAUAUGGAUCGUGGUAAAGUAUCUGGCGUCAUCUACUUGGAUUUAAAGAAGGCAUUUGACACUGUCAACCACGCAAUUCUACUCCAAAAACUGAAAUGGGUUGGUGUAGACUCAAAGUCCUUACAGUGGUUCCAAUCAUAUUUGAGUCAUCGUACCCAGAAGACCGUGCUUAAUAAUUGUUAUUCAAACCAGUGCAAAGUGUCUAUUGGUGUACCUCAGA